GGUUUUUGCUGUAAUUGCGGCCGUGACAAGAUUGAUUGGAGUUUUGUAUUUAAAAAAAAGGUCUUAGCUGCAGCAGAAUUAUAGCAUGCAAUUUGGGAUAUAAUCUCGGAAUGGAUAAAUUUUUGGAUGAUUUAUUCGCCAAAAGGGGUUCGGUAAGGGAGGGAGCACUAUCUUCGAUUAUCGAAGGCUUUACAGCCAACCAUCGCCUUCAAUUUGCCGAGAAAAAUUUUGCGACUUUACUAUACCGAUUUCUGAAUUCUUUGAAGAAGGGUUCUUCCAACGAGAUUGUUUUGGCUUCUCGAGCCCUCGGAUUGUUGUCGAUAACAAUAGGGUGUGGGGAUAAUGCUCGUGAGCUUUACAACGAGUCACUUCCUUUAAUCUCACAAGCUCUUAAGUCCAAGACUGAAUCGUUAUUGUUAUCUGUGAUUGAGUGUCUAGCUAUUGCAACUUUUGUCGGUGCAAAUGAUUCCGAGCAGACCGAAGCUUCCAUGAAGAUAAUAUGGCAUUUCAUUCAGGCGAGCUCAAGUGAAAAUGUUGUAGUGAAAAAACGUUCGUCGUCUGUUAUGUCUGCUGCUAUUUCUGCUUGGUCGCUUCUUCUCACCACCGUUGAUGGUUGGAACCUUAGCCACACUUACUGGCAGGGGGCAAUUUCUUGCUUUCUGAAUCAACUAGAAGUGGACGAUCGAUCUGUCUCGUUAGCAGCUGGUGAAGCUAUUGCGUUGAUAUGUGAAGUCGGGUGCCUCGACAAAUUCACUAGCAAUAUUAAAAUUGACGAAAUUAAUUCGAAUGAUAAGGGGAAAAACACAACGGAUCAAGAUUUCUCCGUACAAGAACUACGAGAAAUAAUAUCCAACCACGCCACGAAACUUUUGCAACAAACUUCACUGCAAAGUGCCGCCACUAAAGCAGUGAAUGGAUGGAGCAACUUUUCCCAUAAUAUUUUGAAAGUUUUAGAGGAUGGUUGCUUCGACGAAAAUGUUUUGAAGAUCGGCAAACACAGCUUGCAGUUAAAUUCGCUGUCCCAAUUAUUACAGGUUGAUUUUAUCAAGCGUUAUCUAGGACGUGGAUUUGUCCCACACAUGCUGGAAAAUGAAUUUCUACAUGAUGUCUUCAACUUCACACCAAAUAAACAAAUGUCGGGGGAUAAGCUAUACAUUUCUGAACGAGAAGAGGUUACUGUGAAUAUUUUUGUGCCGGAAUUCAAACAGAGAGAUUGUGAAGAUGACUUUGGAAGUACUCUGAGGCCAAAAAAACCGGCUUUCGGGAAAGCCAAGACGCAAAUAUUGAACAAGCAACGUUUGCUAAAAGGUGAGGGACUUCGGCCUAAUUACGAUGAUUAAUGCGGAGGAUGAAGCAGCAGAAACUAUGGCUUACUCUCAAUGAUGACAUUUAUUACCUUGGAUAUUAAAUUAAAGCAUUGAUUAAAUGAAGCCUUUCAGGCAAUUUAUGUGUUGUGAGAGAGAAAUGGAAUAUUUGUGUAUUGUCUUUCAUUUUCAAAUACGUCAAGUAAUAUUUCGUU